UUGUCAUUUUGCUGCACUUCUUGAAAACUAAAAAAAACUCUAUCAGCUGAGUGUUUUUCGUUUCUCGCGGCGAUUGUAUUACACUGUAGCUGUUCCUUUUUUUAAUUAUAUUUUAUAUUUACCUCUCUCUCUCUACUCAACUAGCUCGUUCUCUGUGAGAGCACUCUGCAUUUUCAGUUUCUAAGUGGCAGAAUCGUAAAAUGGAGAGAAAACAAGGGUUCUUUUCAGCGCUAAAAGAGGAGGUUGUUAGAGGUUUAUCACCGGCGAGAACCAGGUCCAGAGCGAAAAGUCCGGUAAGGAGUGCGUCGCCAAUGUCCAGCUUAUUAAGGAGGAGAAAAGGACAUAGACAUGGACAUGGACACCACGCGGCUCAUCCAGAGCCGGUGAUUAUACCGAGAUCGGGUAGUUUAAGACCGACUGAAGCUUUAUCACCGUUAAAAGAAGGACCAGAUCAAGACGACGGUGGAGAUUCUAGAAUGGAAGGGAGGUGGGGUCAGUGGAUGAAAGGGCAGCUGUCUAGAGCACCGUCAGUUGCAUCGUCGACUAAUGCUUGUAGACGGUCCGAUCUGAGAUUGUUGCUUGGUGUACUUGGCGCACCGCUUGCUCCGGUGCACGUUAGCACUACUGAACCUUUUCCUCACCUGAGCAUCAAAGAUACUCCGAUUGAAACUUCAUCUGCUCAGUACAUAUUGCAGCAGUACACAGCAGCUUCAGGAGGGCAAAGGAUUCAAAACUCCAUCCGUAAUGCUUAUGCAAUGGGAAAGGUGAGGAUGAUAGCUUCUGAGUUUGAAACUGCAAACAAGGUUACGAAGAAUCGUAAUUCUUCCAAAGCUGCGGAAUCUGGUGGCUUUGUUCUGUGGCAAAUGAACCCAGAUAUGUGGUACGUGGAGCUUGCACUAGGCGGUAGCAAGGUUCAUGCCGGUUGCAACGGGAAACUUGUGUGGAGGCACACGCCUUGGCUUGGUCCACAUGCUGCAAAAGGUCCUGUGAGACCAUUGCGCCGUGCUCUUCAGGGCCUCGACCCAAGGACAACUGCAAGCAUGUUUACCAAUGCAAGGUGUAUCGGGGAGAAGAAAAUUAACGAAGAUGACUGUUUUAUCCUCAAGAUAUGUGCAGAUCCUACAACUCUGAAGGCUAGGAGCGAAGGACCUGCAGAGAUCAUUAGGCACGUCUUAUUCGGCUACUUCAGCCAGAAAACUGGGCUCCUAGUUCACAUAGAGGAUUCCCAUUUGACUCGCAUCCAAAAUAAUGGCGGUGAUGCUGUGUACUGGGAAACCACAAUCAAUUCAUUUCUUGAUGAUUAUAGGUCCGUCGAUGGCAUCAUGAUCGCUCAUUCGGGUCGUUCUGUCGUAACACUUUUCCGAUUUGGUGACACAGCAAUGAGCCACACUAGGACCAGAAUGGAAGAAGCAUGGGCUAUUGAGGAAGUAGCAUUCAAUGUGCCAGGUUUGUCAAUGGAUUGUUUUAUUCCUCCCGCAGAAUUAAGAUUUGCAUCAAUGAGUGAAACCUGCGAGCUACCUCAAACUCAGAGUCAGAGGGCAAAACCUCCUGCGGCUGCUGCAGCCUAUCGCACGAAAGUCGCCUCAUUGGAUAGGUCUCGUGACAAAUCUGUGAGCAAUAACAUGUGGAAGCCUGAGGUUUAGAAAGUAAAUUAUCUCAUGGCAUGUUAUUGCACAGCUAGGUUAGAUGUCUAGUUAAAUUAUUACUGGACCAACCAAUGAGUAGGCAAAAGGCGGUAGCAUAGUUUGGAAAGUUUUGGCAUUGAAUCGAUGUCGUCUCCUUUAAUAUGUAAAUAGAGCUCAGUUAUUGCGUAUUUUCCGAGAUUUUGGUUGAAUACUUUGUAUUCUCCAAGGAAGAAUUCAAAUAUAGGCUCAUCUCAUCACUUGGGUUUAUGGUAAUUUUAAGAUCUAACAGAUGUUUGUUCUC